AUGUACCUUGCCUGUCUCCAUGGUGAUUAUAGUCAAUGGAAGAAAAACAUCAGUGACAAUACACAAAUCGUUCUCUCUUCCCUGUUCCCUGGACUCUUGUAUGAGAUGGUGGUGUUUGUUGUCAGUCAUUCUGAGAUGAGUCCGCCCUCAGUUGUUUCGGAUGACAUUUUCCUGACUGCCACUUACAAAGACACUAAUAAUGCCCAGCAGACAGAGAAGCUCACCUGUAGAAUGUUGAUCCACCUCUCUCUGGUGGAUGUUGCAUGGAUUCCUGAGCCUCAGACAGUCCUGGGUCUGUUGGACAACUCCAGCUCCACCUCUCAUCUACACCUUACGAUCCUCCCCCCUACUUACUCUUACUUCAACCUAUACAACAUAGAGGUGUUCAAGGAGAAUGGAUCUGAGCUUCUGUUUGAUCAAAACAUCUCGCUAAGUCAUGACGAGACGGACAUAUUCUUGUGGAAUCUUACAGCCGGCACCUUGUAUAAUUUCUUUGUUACAACUAGAACAAUCUGGGAAGAAAACCCUUACAGUCCAGAACAUUUGCAGAUAAAAGAGGUCACCAACUCCAGUGUGACCUUCACCUGGAUGCCAGUGACCUCUGGAGGCCUGGAUUACUAUCAGUGUAGCAUAUCUCACAGGGAAACCAACACACAAUCUCCAGUUGAGCAAGAUAACCUUCAGAUCAGGCAAGUGACCUUCGAUAACCUUGUCCCUGGUAAGAAUUACACUGUAGUCCGAGCUGCCAAACAGAAAAAACUGAGUCCCCAGAUCACGUACAGCAGAAUUACUCACAGCGGUAGAGAACUGGAUGUUGAUUGGUCACCACCAUCUGAUGGAAUUGUGGAUUACUACAAUCUGUACCUGACAGCAGACCACACCCACCCGAUAAAUGUAACAGAGAAAGUAUACAUCAGCUACCACAGGUUUACCUCCCUACACCCAGGGGAGACCUACACAGUUCAUAUCAGAUCACAUGUAGCCAACAUGAUGAGUUCAGAGGUUACCCAGUCAGCCAUGACAAACCCCAGCUCUGUGGCUGAGUUGUAUGUGGAUCAUGUAGGAACUAACACAGUUAAUAUUUCCUGGCCCAGACCUAAUGGUAGUACAUUUGACACCUUCCAGAUUGCUAUAGAUCCCCCUCAUGCACAGUCCCCUAUUUCCAUCCUAGAUACACCUUCACUAACGUACCUGACCCCUGGUCAGCUGUACAAGAUUUCCAUCACCACAGUCAACAAGGGCAUUCAGAGUGACCAGGCCAGUGUUCAUGUUAUCACAGAGAAAGAUUAUCUUCAGUACCAUGACUUGUUGGACAGUGGCAAUACAUCUUUGCCCAUGGCACUUGCUCUCCAUGAUAAGUUUAAGUACGAGACACACAUCCUAAAUCUGAGGCCGGGUCACCAUUACUCUGUGUACGUUCAGGCAAAACAGGUCAUAGAUGCGGGGAACAGCUCUCUUGUAGCCUACUGCUCCUGGCAGAGUGUCAAUAAAACAACAAAGCCCAGCAAGGUAGUGGAUUUAACGUACAGCUCAUCCCAUAAUGACAUCACCCUGACAUGGUUGCCAGGCAAUGACAGCAUACAGGAUAGUUACUUUGUCUGGUACCGUGCCCGUCUCCAUGGUGACUACAGCCAAUGGAAGAAAAACAUCAGCGACAAUACACAAAUCGUUCUCUCUUCCCUGUUCCCUGGACUCUUGUAUGAGAUGGUGGUGUUUGCUCUCAGCCAUUGUGAGAUGAGUCCACCCUCAGUUGUGUCUGCACUAAUGUUUUUUGAUAAAAUGUCCAUGGACGUCUUGAAAACUCAAGCGAGUCAUGCGUCAUUCUUCAGCGUCAUGCAUUGCCUAGAGAACUGGAAAACACUGACUUCAAGAAAGCCAUUCCAGCAUUUAUUUCUAAUCAUUGUCUUAAAAUCAAUUUUCAGACUCAUAAACAUUACAGAUAAUCUCCCCUUUCUUCCUAGCAGUAUAGAAGUAACAUCUGUCAUUAAUAACAGCCUCUCUCUCAAGUGGACGUACAACAGUAACACAACUUACGUAGAGAGCUGGAAUCUCACCUACGUCAGUCUGAUAGACAGUGUAUCUAACACAGUUAAUAUCCAGGCCAACUCAUCAGACAACUCUCUGGUGGCCACGUCAUCAAUAGUGAAGAAGAACAGAACUGACUCAGAUCGCAGUGUGGUGUUCUCAGGUCUAGAGGGAGGGACCCAGUACAGUAUCAAGGUGACUGCUGUCAGUGGGGAUCAGUCCAGUCCUCCCACUUUUAUACAGAUACGUACUGUGCCUGACCUACCAUAUGUUGGAAGAGAGAAAUCAGCUAACUAUAUUAAGUUGACCAUCCAUAAACCAAAUGGAAAUGUUGAUUCGUACCGUGUAACGUGUUCCAAAAGUUGUGGAUCCCAAACAAGACCAGCGAACCAGACAACAGUUGUGCUAGAGUUCGGUCCCCUAAAUCCAUACACAGAUUAUCAGUUUGAAAUUGAAGCCAUUGCUGGGGAUAAACACAGCUCCCUCUUUAUCUCCUCCAGGACAGAAGAAUCAGCACCCUCUGCUGUGCAGAACUUGAAUGUGGUUGAGAUUUCACCAAGGACUGUAAAUGUGAGCUGGUCACCCCCUAGAAAUCCUAAUGGAAUCAUCCGUUCUUAUCACAUAGCAUACACUGCAGAGGAUGAGUUUGGGCACAUUAUGGACCAGGGUGAGAAGGACAUUGGAGUGACCACAGAACUUAUGGCUGCUCAGCUUAUCAGGGAGAAAUUCACAGACCUUAAGGCUGGACUCAAAUAUACAUUCAAAGUGUCAGCUAGAACUGUAAUAGAAAAUAUUCCAGAGAAGUUUGAAAUUGUUCUACGCACCUACAAUCCUCCUAUCAAAGACAGCCUGACCUUGAGUCAAACAAAACCAAAGCAGCUGACCUCAGGAGGUCAAACUGUGACCCCCUCCACCAUUACGGCCAACUUUACAAAUGCCUUCUCUGAUAAGUACGGCAGUAUACAGGCCUACACAGUCAUUAUAGCCACAGACCCUGAUGAGGAGCACAUCAAAACCAGCACCCUGCCCGACUGGAAGGCUGCCCAGAUCAACCCCAACAUCAAAGCCUACCAGACUAUUCGGAACUGCUCCGACUUCUUCCAGUUGACGUCUUCCUGCGGUCGAGCUCGGUCCAGGCGGAGUGUGGGGGAGAAGAAUUUUAAAGUGUUUGAGAUUGGUGUGGAGGCAGAUUGUAAUAAUGUGUUGUACUGUAAUGGUCCACUCAAACAGAACACUAAGUACUACAUCAGACUGCGGGCUUACACAGCGGGGGGAUACGCUGACACUGCUUAUUCAGAUCCUAUCACCACAGGGAUAGUCCCUGUCGCAGAUGAUGAAGCCAAUGUGGGAGCAAUCGUCGCAGCAGUCGUCUGUUCUGUCUUUGUCAUCGUCUUCAUCAUUGCCAUCUUCUUCUUCCGAAGUCGGUUACAGAAAAAGAGCCCAGAGGGACCACCAGGUCAUUCUCCCAGAACAAGCUUCAGUCGACACAAGAAAAGUCAUGAGUUCAAGGUGGCAGACUUCAAGGAGUACAUUAAGACAUUGUCAGCUGACUCGGAUUUUAAAUAUGCUGAACAAUUUGAGGAUCUGAAGGAAGUAGGAAGAGAUCAGUCCUGUUCUGCAGCAGAGCUCCCAGUCAAUCGGGGGAAGAAUCGUUUUACCAAUAUUUUACCUUACGACCAUUCCCGUGUCAAACUCCUCCCCACAGACGAUGAAGAAGGAUCAGACUACAUCAAUGCUAACUACAUGCCAGGAUUUACAUCCAAGAGGGAAUACAUCGUGACACAGGGGCCACUACCUUCCACCAGGGAUGAUUUCUGGAGAAUGAUCUGGGAGCAAAACAUCCGUAAUAUUGUCAUGUUGACUCGCUGUACAGAAAAAGGCAGGGAGAAAUGUGACCACUACUGGCCUACUAAUUCAGAUGCCAUGUUUUAUGGAGAUUUACAAGUGGCUGUUCUCUCAGAGACACGCUUCCCCUCCUGGACCAUCACAGAAAUGAGGGUAGCUUAUGGUAACGUCACUCGACCCAUCAGGCACUUUCAUUUCACUGCUUGGCCAGACUUCGGGGUACCAGAAAAGCCUCCAACUUUGAUUAAGUUUGUACGCAUUGUUAGAGAUCAGAUGAUUAGAGAAUGUGGCCCCAUUCUGGUUCAUUGUAGUGCUGGAGUUGGGAGAUCUGGCACCUUUAUUGUGUUGGAUCGCCUUCUACAGGAAAUUAAAGAGCGUGAUAUGGUUGACAUCUUCUCCAUUGUACACGACCUGAGGAAGGAACGAGUCUGGAUGGUACAGACAGAGCAACAGUACGUGUGUAUACACCAGUGUCUACUGUGUGUGUUAGAGGGCAGGGAAGAGGAACAUAUGUAUCAGAAUGUAGGGAUAGCUAAUGCAGCAUUUGAUGCUGAUGAUGAAGGCAUCAAUGUAGAAAUCCCCUGA